GUACUGCGCCGUACUACCGUGGUGUAAUCCGGCAACAUUUGAGCAAACUUUCUCUCACGAUACACGUGGAUUAUAUUUUUUCUCCUUGGAUUUAAGUAAUGUGCUUUCUUAAUACUGGGAUUUUCGGAUACUGAUUCCAGACACAGCGACACCAAAAACACAUCGCUCAAACACCGGCUAAUGCUCGGAUAGCGAAAUCGGAUCCUGCUGUACAAGUUGAAGUGUCUAGAAUAGGAUCGAAUCCAUCAUACUCCACCUAAUAGUUUUUCCCCACUACUGAUACAAAAAAAUUAUGUUUUGACAAGGCGGACACGUGACUAGUGUGGUGGGGGUAAUGUGAAUUCUGGGAUACAUUCGCUGUAACAGCAUGGUGAUGGUCUUGUGUUUCGGUCACGUGAUGAAGCUACCACGACAGAUGUGGUGGUCAGCUUUCUGCAGGUGAGGCCCAGUCGAUAUGGAGUACACGAGCCCCGGUCAUACGCCGCUGUGCUUUUUAGCCCUCGUGACGUCAUUGGCUUACAUUAUGACCUUAUCGGUGGCCUUGACCAGUGGUCAACAGCACGAAGCAAGGCAUGGACGCCACAACUCGUACCGGAAAUACAAAAAUUACGACUAUGAAGACUCGACAGCGUUUCGACAGCCGGAGUUUGUCAACAGCGAGUCCAACGUGACGGUGGUCGAGGGCAGCAUGGCGACCCUACCCUGCACCAUCCGCCAUCUUGGUACCAGGGAGGUUGCCUGGAAACGCAUGGGUGAGAAACAUUUUCUGACGGUGGGGGCUUUCACCUGGGUCAAGGAGUACAACAUUCAGGUGGAGCAGAGGAGGGAGGAGGGACAGAUGACGAGCAUGAGUCUGAUCAUCAAGUCAGUGAAACAAUCAGACGAGGGGACCUACGAGUGCCAGGUGACAGACAAGGUGCCCAUCCGGUCCUACGUCUAUCUGACGGUCAAACCGCGGGCAAAUCCCAAGCCAGCAAUCAUGAUUGACGGGCAAGAGUUCGUGGACAGGAAUGAACGUAUCCGACUCACGUGCAAUGCCACAGGUGGCGGGAAUAUUCCAGAAGAUAUCGACUGGUUCAAGGACGGGACAAAGCUCGAUUCAAGGAACACCAAACACCCGAACGUCGUCAUCACAAAGUACCGUUCCCUAGAGGAGCAGGCGCUGAUCAGUGAGCUGACCAUCGAGCACACGGACACAGACGACACGGGGACCUACAUCUGUCGGAGUUCUGACCGGGAGAUCGCCAGUCGCAAGGUCACGGUCCUCGUAGCAGCCGACACAACCAAUGUUAAAAGAGUAGCCCCACACGACCCACAAGCAGACCCCUACAAAGACAAAGAGAAUGGAAGCUCGCGCUGUCAGGUCCUCGUCCCACUGCUCCUGUGUUUACUCACCACUUCCUUCUUGUGACAUCAUCUGUUGACUGGAACUUAGUCUGUGAUACGGUCCAGCUUUUACAAAAUAUUUGACAGCUCGAGUUCCCCUGCAUCAACAAACUUAAAGUUCUUCUGAUCACAACUAAGCCAAGAGAUGGUCCAUCAGUGAACCUUGUUCACAUCCUGUAACUAGCAACACAGACAUCUACUGCUACACAUCCGUAUGUUAUUUUGUACAGUGAAGUACAAUACAACACAUCAGAUUACUCUAGAUCAACAUCUCAAUGUAAUGCUACAGUAAUUUAUGGUUGUUGCAUUUCUAUUUUAUUAAGUGGCUGCUAAAACAGUUGUAGCAGGGGCAUUCACUCCAAACAAUAUGACAAGUUCCAGUACUCUCAUAGACAAGUUCCUGUACUCUGGCUGUUGACAGAACUAGAGCACAUUGAGAGAUUCCUGGAUUCUCUUGGAGUCAUGGUGGUCUUAAGCAUCCGCCAUUAGAAUGGGCCAUGGAUCUAGUACCGUGAAAAUUUAGUUGUACCAUAUUGUCAAUUGGUGAAUUAGGUUUUCAUCAAGAAAGUGUUGAUGAGUUUUUUUACUUGUUGUAUAACUCUGGUUGUUUCUCAUGUCAAAUAUAGUUUCACUUGAAUGUGCAAUCUGUGUCAAUUACAACGUUUAGCUAGCCGGGUCGAGGUAUCAAGCCAAUUUAUGCUAGCUCAUGGCUACAAUAUCUAACAGUCAGCUGCAUGGUAAGCCUUCCAGAGCAAUUGAGUGUGGGUGUAACACAGGGUGGAACAAUCAGCCUCAAGGCUUAUCAAGCCCACUCCAGCAGAUUAGCAUUUCCACUAUACAUCCAGAUUAUUUUAAUGUAACCUAAGAACUAGUUAAACUUAAAUAGAACGUUAACUGCUACAUUGCUCUCAAAGAAUUUAAAACACUAAAAAGGAAUAUAUGUGACUUGACUGUAGGACACAUGACUUGACUGUAAGACACACAUGUGACUUGACUGUAGGACACACAUGUGACUUGACUGUAGGACACAUGACUUGACUGUAGGACACACAUGACUUGACUGUAGGUCACACAUGUGACUUGACUGUAGGACACACAUGUGACUUGACUGUAGUACACAUGUGACUUGACUGUAGGACACACAUAUGAGUUGACUGUAGGACACAUGACUUGACUGUAGGACACACAUAUGACUUGACUGUAGGUCACACAUGUGACUUGACUGUAGUACACAUGUGACUUGACUGUAGGACACACAUAUGAGUUGACUGUAGGACACAUGACUUGACUGUAGGACACACAUAUGACUUGACUGUAGGUCACACAUGUGACUUGACUGUAGGACACACAUGUGACUUGACUGUAGUACACAUGUGACUUGACUGUAGGACACACAUAUGACUUGACUGUAGGUCACACAUGUGACUUGACUGUAGGACACACAUGUGACUUGACUGUAGUACACAUGUGACUUGACUGUAGGACACACAUAUGACUUGACUGUAGGACACAUGACUUGACUGUAGGACACACAUAUGACUUGACUGUAGGACACACAUUGUGACUUGACUGUAGGACACUCAAGUGUGAGUAGCAUUCUGUCCUAGAAAUACUAGCCUACAUAUCGGGUGAAGCACAAUGGUAGAACUAUAAUACACACCCACUCUAUAUUUGUUAUAGUUGAUUUGGUGUUAACAACAUUAGCUUAUGUACUCACUAUCAUUUACUUUUUAUAUGCAUUCUUUAAACUUUUAGCUAGCUAAUUAGGCUAAAUUAUUGCAAUUAUAAAAAAAAAAAUAGGUAGAUAUCUAAAUGAUUGUAAUGGUGAAAAGUUACUGUAAACAAUUAUCUUUUGAAGCCAUUGAUACAAGUUAUUUAGAGACAUAAGAUUGACAUGAAACUAUUUUUUUUAAAAUCAUCAUAAAGAUUACCUCAAACAAAUUAAAAUGUUUUAAUUUUGAAAUUAUUCAUCUUAAAUACUUAUAAGAUGCCACAUGUCAAGUUUUUUAAAUGCUUUAAGAUCCCCAAGUUAACAUUUGAGAUCCCCAAGUUGAUAUUUGGGCAUGAAAGAAAUGGAAGCACCACAGUUAUCCAGUCUCUGGUGUUUCUCAACAAUGGAAAGCUGAAAACUUUUUGAUGAAUCUCCACUUUAAAAGUUAAAAAAAAAACUGUGUAUAUAACAAGUCCAAUGUUCUGAUAGAACAAAAGCAUUUCACCCUGGAUGAAAUGUGAGUAGAUGAGGAUCUACAUUUCUCUCAAUGUUUCUUAAUGAUGCAUACAGUCAUUUCUGUUUUACUCUAUUUCAUUUCUGUAAUCAAUAUUUUGACUUCCUGAUUUUUUUUAAUAAGUUAUCAUCUACAGUUUAAGAGUUGUCAUAUUUUUUCAAAUACUAAAUUGAAAUGUUUUCUUUACAUCUGUUCAUCUUGUCAAAUCUUGUUACUGAUGUUAUUCAAUAAUUUCAUGUACAAAGAUGUAUAUUUGAUAUCUGACUGUCAGGGGCACUCAUAUAGACAAAAUAUUUUAUAACACUUGGUAGGAACUUUGGUGGGUAGGAAUGAACAUUGUGAGUAAGAAUGAAGUUUGUGGCUUGAAAUGGGUAGGAUUGAACUUUGGUGGGUAGGAAUUAACUUAGUAUUACCCUCUGAUAUGCUUUUCUUAUUGUUCUAGAAAAAAUAGAACAUUACUUUGAUAAAAAUACAUGUUGCCACCAGACAUGGGCAGCAUUGAGAAAGUUUUUUAACAAAUAUCUUGGUCAUUGAUGGGGAAGAUAAAGACUG